AUGAGUUCCAUAACCAAAGCUCCUCCUUCCUCCAACGAUGUUCUUUCCAGCGAGGAGAGUGGCUGGACUACGUACUUUGACGACUUCUUCAACAACCAUGUCGAUAACAAGUGUUCCAUGUCUUUAUCAGGUGUUGCUUGUUCCUCCCUUGUCUCCGAUGCAGCUUCUUUGGUACACAAAAAAGUUGCCAGUAGCAAACAAGUUGAGGAGUUUUCAGUGAAUAAAAAUUCCAAGAGAACAAGUUUCAAGAAGAGAAAAGAUGUUAUAACGGCUUUGAUUGAUGACGCUUUGGAAGAUACAGCAACUUCUCCUCUCAGUAGUCCCAAGGUUUUGUAUGCGAACCAGCAGAUUGACAAGGCAAACAGACAGAAGUAG